AUUUUGCAAUUUCUUAGUUACUACUAUAUUUUUCUUAGUUUUGAAUGCUUUCACGCAAGCUCGAGUUUGUCUCGCCUGAAGGGCUUCGCAUUGACGGUCGCCGGCCGAACGAGCUGCGGCGCAUCCAAGCGCGCGUCGGCGUCUUCAUGCAGGCCGACGGCAGUGCUUACAUUGAGCAAGGCAACACAAAGAUCCUCGCGACGGUCUACGGUCCACACGAGGUCUCGCGCAAGAACAAACCGCUGCACGACCGCGCCAUCAUCAACUGCGAGUACCGCGUGGCAUCGUUCGCAACGGCAGAGCGCAAGAAGCCAGUGCGGACAGACAAGCGAGCGCUCGAUCUUGCUGCGGCAGUGCGCGGCGCGUUUGAGGGUGCCGUCAUGACACAGCUGUAUCCACGAUCUCAGAUAGAUAUCUUCCUGCAAGUGUUGCAGUCCGAUGGAGGCAACCGAGCCGUUUGUAUCAAUGCUGCCACGCUGGCGCUCAUGGAUGCAGGCAUUGCAAUGAAAGACUUUGUGUGCGCCUGCUCUGUGGGCUGCAUUGACGACACGCCGCUGCUUGAUAUCAACUACAUUGAAGAUUCCGCUGGUGGGCCUGAUUUGACCGUGGCAGUGCUCGCACGGUCACGGAAAACAGUGCUUGUUGAGAUGGACUCGCGAUUGCACAUUGAUCGAUUUGACGAUGUUCUGCGGUUGGCAAUCGAUGGUUGCCAAGCCAUCCACUCUAUUCUCGACUCAGCAAUGGUUGAGCGAACAAAAGCCUUGCUGGCCGGUGCCGCAAGUGGUGCCGAUGCCGACUUGUGAGAUGACUUGAGCGCUGAAUGUAACAAAUACAAAGAUGUUCCUCCUCC